CAAACGCGACGUUUGUUUUGACACUGGCUGUGUGUAGGACAGGAAGAUUUACCGUAUAUUGACCCGGGAGGAGGUGACAGAUGAGGAUGAUAUUAGUUUUGUUAAUACAAGUCAUGCUGUUAUAUUAUCUUACUGGCAGUCACAGACACACCUAAGAGAUGGAGUCUUUGCCAAUGAUGGAAGUCCUGCGGGUGUGCACAGUGCUGGAAGACAGCUUGGACCAGCUUUCUGUCCUAGGAUACAUCAUGCCUGUUUCCUACCAAGGGCGCAAUAAUAUUGUCGGAAGUGAAAUUGGCAAAAUCUUAAAGAAUCAAAGACAAAUGGAAGGAAACUUUGAAGAACUGAUUGGAACACGUGCAGACAUCCAGUUAACACAACCUCCAUUGUUAAGCAAGUUGCAGAAUCUAAAGGAGCAGGUACAUGAAACAAGCGAAAAACUGAAGAUGAGCAAUGUGCAAUUCACAAAGGCUGUGAGACAAAGCCCUUUAACGUCUGACAACCUAAAGAAAGUCCAGGCAGACAGACAAUUUGCAGCAGAGGUCAUUGCAGACAUGUUAACAGAAUUGGAAACAUCUGGAUCAUUUCAGAGCCUUCAGCAUGCCAUAGCAACGGAGAAAGAGAAAAAAGCUCACUUCUACAAUACAAUAGAAAGAGAACAAGAGGGAAGAAAGAAGAUCAAAUUGCUGCAGAAGCAGUUACAAGAUGUAAAACAAGAAAAAAAAGUGGAGUUGCAGAGUCGCACAGAACUGAUAGCACAUCUAAAGGAUCAACUGCAGGAGAUGAAAGCUAAAACCGGCAUGGAAGGCAAAUAUGUGAAGAAGGACACCGAACUUCAAGUGUCCCAGACACAGAAAAAGUGCAGCAUAGGAGAGUCUAACCUGCAGAUGGAGCUCCAGAAAAUUAAAGAAAAGAUGGAUGAGGAGAUAAGAGUCCAUGUUGAGAUUGAAAACUUUCUACGACAUCAUCAACAGGAGUUAGAAGAGAAGUUGGAGUACUGGAUGGAGAAGUAUGACAAAGACACAGAAGAGAAGCAGGCUGAACUGAACGCUCUAAAAACAUCUAGAACUAAUGACCUUUUACUGCUCAGUGAUCUAACUAAGCAAUAUGAAGAAUAUGAGACUGUGAUAACUGAAGAUCGCCUAGAGAAAGAGAAAGCCCAGCAGAAGAAGAAACAGGAAAAGAUGGAACUAGAAAGUACAAUUAAGAUACAAGCCUGGUGGAGAGGCACAAUGGUGCGGAAAAACCUGGGACCUUACGCUAAAACAAAAAGCAAGAAAGGAAAAGAUACAGGCAAAAAGGGUAAAGCAAAAAAAGGAGGUAAAAAGAAGUGACCCUAAUCCAGAAGACUUGGGGGAUGAAUAAACAUCAACACAUUUAUUCUAAUGCUCAAAUAAAACAAUGCAUGCUGUUGAGUAGGGCAAACUUUCACUUUCAUUCACUCACUUGGCCUCAAUUUAUUCUAAAUUAAAAUCAAGAGUUUUGUAUAAAAAAAUA